GCCUCCGCCGACGCCGCCGCCGUCUACGCCGCCCUCGCCUCCUCCGCCGUCGCCGCCGCCGUCGCCGCCGCCCUCGCCUCCUCCGCCGACGCCGCCGCCGUCUCCGCCGCCCUCGCCUCCUCCGCCGUCGCCGCCGCCGUCGCCGCCGCCCUCGCCUCCUCCGCCGUCGCCACCGCCGUCGCCGCCGCCCUCGCCUCCUCCGCCGACGCCGCCGCCGUCUACGCCGCCCUCGCCUCCUCCGCCGUCGCCGCCGCCGUCUCCGCCGCCCUCGCCUCCUCCGCCGUCGCCGUCGCCGCCGCCGCCGACGCCGCCGCCGUCUAUGCCGCCCUCGCCUCCUCCGCCGUCGCCGCCGCCGUCUCCGCCGCCCUCGCCUCCUCCGCCGUCGCCGUCGCCGCCGCCGCCGCCGCCGCCCUCGCCUCCUCCGCCGACGCCGCCGCCGUCUACGCCGCCCUCGCCUCCUCCGCCGACGCCGCCGCCGUCUACGCCGCCCUCGCCUCCUCCGCCGUCGCCGCCGCCCUCGCCGCCGCCCUCGCCUCCUCCGCCGACGCCGCCGCCGUCUACGCCGCCCUCGCCUCCUCUGCCGUCGCCGCCGCCGUCUCCGCCGCCCUCGCCUCCUCCGCCGUCGCCGUCGCCGCCGCCGCCGCCGCCGCCCUCGCCUCCUCCGCCGACGCCGCCGCCGUCUACGCCGCCCUCGCCUCCUCUGCCGUCGCCGCCGCCGUCUACGCCGCCCUCGCCUCCUCCGCCGUCGCCGCCGCCGUCGCCGCCGCCCUCGCCUCCUCCGCCGACGCCGCCGCCGUCUACGCCGCCCUCGCCUCCUCCGCCGUCGCCGCCGCCGUCGCCGCCGCCCUCGCCUCCUCCGCCGUCGCCGCCGCCGUCUCCGCCGCCCUCGCCUCCUCCGCCGUCGCCGCCGCCGUCGCCGCCGCCCUCGCCUCCUCCGCCGUCGCCGCCGCCGUCUCCGCCGCCCUCGCCUCCUCCGCCGUCGCCGCCGCCGUCGCCGCCGCCCUCGCCUCCUCCGCCGUCGCCGCCGCCGUCUCCGCCGCCCUCGCCUCCUCCGCCGUCGCCGCCGCCCUCUCCGCCGCCCUCGCCUCCUCCGCCGUCGCCGCCGCCGUCUCCGCCGCCCUCGCCUCCUCCGCCGUCGCCGCCGCCGUCUCCGCCGCCCUCGCCUCCUCCGCCGUCGCCGCCGCCGUCGCCGCCGCCCUCGCCUUCUCCGCCGUCGCCGCCGCCGUCGCCGCCUCCACCGGUUCCGCCGCCGCCCACUCCGCCGCCGCCCGGCUCUCCGCCUGCGCCAGCGCCCCCUCCUUCACCAUGCCCAACUGCGUACGAGCCGCCGACCGAAUCGUGCCUGGAGGCGACCUGCCGCCAUGCUGCGACCGCAUCCUGCAGUGCGCUGUGCAUUACACGACGGAGUACGUCAACAACGGCGAUUACACCACCCUCGGGCCCGGCUGCGACGCGUACGUCAACAACGGCGAUUACGUGCGCGACCUGCGACACUCUCACGACGCGUCCGGCGGCAUCUGGAAUUGCGCCUCGUGGGCGGGCUUCGACUGCACCCUCGCGGCGUCGCACUGGGGCUACACGAUGGGCCAGGCGGAGGAGCUGCUCCGCGAGUGCCCCGUGACGUGCGAUGUGUGCCCGGCGACGGCGCCGGCGACGACGGCGGACACGGAGACGAUGGCGGCCAAGGAGGCGGCGCUCGUCGCCGCGAGCGCCGCCCACCGCGCGAGCGUCAUCGCGGGCCUGCACGGCAUGCACGAGAAGACGAAGGCGCGCGGCGCGCGGCUGUACCUGAUGGCGAAGAACAAGGCGAUGCAGCAGGCGACCAAUUCAU